AUGGCGGCCCGAAUCGCUCUCAACUCGCGCACUCGGCUGCUGCGCACACCUACCUUACCUACUUCCUCCCGACUACUCUCUACGACUACGCGCUCGUCGUUACUCUCUCGGACUGCGGCACCGCUCCUAACACCUACUGCGAGACCUACUUCGGCCAUCUCGGUUCGCCACUAUGCUAAUGGUCGACCACACCCUCCGGGCGGUACUCACCGCAUGAACAUGAGCCCGGAGGCUGAGAAGCCUGCGCUGGAACAAUUCGGUGUGGAUUUGACGGAGAAGGCGAAAGCUGGAAAGCUGGACCCAGUUAUUGGCAGAGACGCAGAGAUUCAUCGCACAAUCCAGAUUCUGUCUCGACGAACCAAAAACAACCCUGUCUUGAUUGGUGCAGCUGGUACUGGUAAGACUGCCGUGUUGGAAGGUCUGGCGCAGCGUAUCGUGCAAGGAGAUGUCCCCGAAAGCAUCAAGAACAAGCGCGUGAUUAGCCUCGACUUGGGAUCUCUGAUCGCGGGUGCCAAGUUCCGCGGUGACUUCGAGGAGCGUCUGAAGUCCGUCCUGAAGGAGGUGGAAGACGCCGAAGGCAAGGUCAUUCUCUUCAUCGACGAGCUGCACACACUGCUAGGACUGGGCAAGGCUGAGGGCAGUAUCGACGCUAGCAAUCUGCUCAAGCCUGCUCUGUCCCGGGGUGAGCUUCAAUGCUGCGGUGCUACGACUCUCAACGAGUACCGACUGAUCGAGAAGGAUGUUGCGCUGGCUCGCCGAUUCCAGCCCAUCCUGGUCGGUGAACCGUCCGUUGCCUCCACCAUCUCCAUCCUCCGCGGAAUCAAGAACAAAUACGAAGUCCAUCACGGUGUCCGAAUCACCGAUGGUGCCUUGGUCGCCGCUGCUACCUACAGCAAUCGUUAUAUCACCGAUCGUUUCCUCCCCGACAAGGCCAUUGAUCUGGUCGACGAAGCCGCAUCGGCCCUCCGUCUGCAGCAAGAAUCCAAGCCCGACGCGAUUCGCGAGCUGGAGCGCGAUAUCACUACAAUUCAAAUUGAGCUCGAGUCCCUUCGCAAAGAGACUGACGUGAGUAGCCGCGAACGUCGCGACAAGCUCCAGGAAGACUUGAAGACCAAGCAGGAUGAGGUUGGCAAGUUGACCGAGGUUUGGGAGAAGGAAAAGGCCGAGAUUGAUACAAUCAAGCGUACCAAGGAGGAUCUGGAACGCGCUCGCUUCGAACUCGAGCAAGCCCAGCGUGAAGGCAACUUCGCAAAAGCUGGCGAGCUCAGAUAUUCGACCAUUCCCGCCAUGGAAGCCAAAUUGCCCAAAGAGGGAUCAGAGCAGGAGGCUGAAAAGCAAAGCCUCAUCCAUGAUUCCGUGACCGCUGACGACAUUGGCAAUGUUGUGUCCCGAACAACUGGCAUUCCCGUCAACAAACUGAUGGCAGGGGAAGUCGAGAAGCUGAUUCACAUGGAGGAUACUCUCCGGCAAUCAGUCCGUGGACAAGAUGAAGCGCUCUCUGCCGUGGCCAACGCGGUGCGCAUGCAGAGAGCUGGCCUUAGUGGCGAAAACCGGCCAUUGGCUUCAUUCAUGUUCCUUGGUCCAACGGGUGUGGGUAAAACUGAGCUCUGCAAGAAAAUGGCCGAGUUCCUCUUCUCCACUGAGACUGCAGUUGUGCGAUUCGAUAUGAGCGAGUUCCAAGAGAAACACACCAUCAGUCGCCUGAUCGGUUCCCCCGCUGGAUAUGUCGGAUACGACGAUGCUGGCCAGCUCACCGAAGCAGUGCGACGCAAACCAUAUGCUGUUCUCCUGUUCGAUGAAUUUGAAAAGGCUCAUCGGGAUAUCUCGGCUCUGCUGUUGCAGGUCCUUGAUGAAGGCUUCCUUACUGAUGCACAGGGCCACAAGGUUGAUUUCAGGAACACUCUGAUUGUCCUGACUUCGAACCUUGGUGCUGAGAUUCUGGUCGGAGCCGACCCGCUGCACUCUUACAAGGAUACUGGUGGUGCUGAGCUUUCACCAGACAUCAAGAAGGCCGUAUUGGAUGUUGUCCAGGGCGCCUACCCUCCCGAAUUCCUGAACCGCAUCGACGAGUUUAUCAUCUUCAAGCGGCUCUCGAAGGAAGCACUGCGGGAUAUUGUGGAUAUCAGACUUAAGGAACUUCAAGGACGUCUGGACAGCCGCCGGAUGACCCUGGAGGUAGACAACGAGAUCAAAGACUGGCUGUGCGAGAAGGGAUACGAUCCCAAGUUCGGUGCUCGCCCUCUCAACCGGUUGAUCGCCAAGGAGAUCGGAAACCGGCUGGCCGACAAGAUCAUCCGUGGCGAGGUCACCUCUGGCCAGACUGCCCGUGUCUCCCUCAAUGAAGACAAGUCUGGCUUGGUUGUUACGACUGAAGGAAAGCAGGAAGAAGCAUAA